GGAGGAGGAGCAGAGGCACCGGACUGGCAUUUCAACAUGCCGUUGAGCACGGAUAAGGUGGUGCUGUCUGCGGCCGCUCUGCUCCUGGCCACCGCAGCCUAUCGGCUGUACAAGUCAAGGCCUGCCCGGACCUCACUGGAGGGCGGGCACAGUCAGCUCCAGGCUGAAGAGAAAGCAGAGGGUGUGGGGCAGUCUGCCACACAGGGGUCUACCCCUGGGACCUCCUUUUGGGGACUGAGACGCCGCAAGGGAAGCGAAGGAGCUGAAGCAUCUUUAAGCAGUAGCAGGAAGGACUCGGGGGGCACUCGGGUCCUGGAGAAGGGUGCUUCUCCCAGAGACGAGAAGCCAAAGACAAGAGAUGUCGGGGAGCAGCUGAGCGGAUACUGUCCAGACUCUGGCCUGACACCUCCUUGCUGCAGCGCCCAGGAAGCAGAAGCAGGAGCAGAGGUUGGCGGUAAGCCUAAACUGCCCCAUCACCCCCAUCUGGCCAGUGAACCCGAAAGCUCCCCAACCAGCCUCCAGGAAGCAGGCAGCAGUGACGUGGACGUGGGCUCAGCCCCAGAACCAGAAGGCAACACUCCAGAGCAUGUGUUGGGGGCAGGGGAGUAUGUGCCACCCCAGCAGCCCUCACUGACUCCCCCAGAAGACCUCGGUGUCAUGAACAGGGUCUUUUUUGGAGCGACAGAGAUAUGCAGGGAAGAGAUGGGAGCCUUCCAGACUGCCUCUAGCCUGGCCCUUUAUCGGCAGGAGAGAGACACCAAUACCUCCUACAGCUUCUCCUCCGUGGCCCAGGCACGAAUGGAAGAGAACUUUUUACAGGAGAAGGUGGAAGACAGCCAGACCCGGCUGAAGGGCAAAGUGUAUGACUACUAUGUCGAAUCCACAUCUCUAGCUACCUCCGGUCUGGCCCUCAAGACAGGGAGCCUGGCAAAGGUGCCUAAGUCUGUGCCAGAUCCCCUGGGCACAGAAGCAGCCAAGGAAGACCAGGCCAAUACCACAGGAGGUGGGGCCCCAGUGGUUGCCUGCUCCCCACGAAGCACGGGCAGGAAGGACAGUCUCCUCCAGAUCGUGGAGAACCCAGAGCUGCAGUUGCAGCUUGAUGGCUUCAGGGCUCCUGCAGCUUCUUCCCCAGAUCUGCCUGCCAUGUCUGGGUCCCCCGGAUCCCCAGCUUCUCUGGAAUCCAGUGCAGCCAGCAGCAUGGAGGAGCCCCGUAUACAACAGGUGGCCAGAAGUAAUUUCUUCCAUCUCCCACUCACCACCGGUCCAACCCCUGAGGUACAUCUAGAUCUAGGCAAUUGCUGGGAGGUGCUGACCUUGGCCAAGAGGCAGAACCUGGAGGCCCUGAAGGAGGCUGCCUAUAAGGUGAUGAGUGACAAUUACCUCCAGGUCCUACGCAGUCCUGACAUCUACAGUCACCUCAGUGACCCAGAGCGUGACCUCAUCCUCCAGAGGAGGUUCCUGGGCCACCAACGCCUGGUGGUAGCUGAUGUGUGUCCCCAGGAAGUCUCAGGGUGCCUCUGUUACUAUGACGAUGAACAGGAUGCCUGGCAUCCACUAGCCCGUCUGCCCCCUGAGGCUGUGUCCCAAGGCUGUGCCAUCUGCAGUCUCUUCAAUUACCUUUUCAUGGUAUCGGGCUGCCAGGGGUCGGGGAAGCAGCCCUCCAAACGGGUUCUCUGCUAUAAUCCACUGACUGGCAUCUGGAGUGAGGUGAGUCCCCUGAACCAGGCCCGGCCACAUUGCCGCCUGGUGGCUCUGGACGGCUGCCUAUAUGCCAUCGGAGGUGAAUCCCUGAACACGGUGGAGCGCUAUGACCCAAGCCUGGACCGUUGGACGCUGGUUGCCCCACUCCCGAGUGACACCUUCGCCCGGGCGCACACAGCCACCACAAGCUCUGAGGAGAUCUUUGUCACAGGCGGUAGCCUUCGCUACAUGCUGCUCCGCUUCUCUGUCCGGGAGCAGCGUUGGCAGGCUGGACCCACUGCAGGUGGCAAGGACCACACGGCCGAGAUGGUGGCCGUCAAUGGUUUCCUCUAUCGCUUUGACCUCAAUCGCAGCCUGGGCAUCAGCGUGCACCGCUGCAGCACCAGUGCCCGCCUUUGGUACGAAUGUGAUACAAAUCGGACACCUUACCCAGAUGCCUUCCAGUGCGCCGUGGUGGGCACCUUCAUCUACUGCGUGGGGCACCGGCGCACCCUGUGCUUCCUGGCUGACCCUAUUUCACCCAGGUUUGUGCCUAAGGAGCUUCGGAGCUUUCCCUCCCCGAAGGGCACCCUCCUGCCCACUGUCCUGACUUUGCCUGGCCCCAGCAUGUCUCAGACCAGAGUCUAGUGCCUCCCUGUGCAGGCCUCCUCCUGCAAAAGC